CACACGUGGUGCGCGUGCGCAUAAAUUCUCGGCUCGCUAGCUCUCUGCAAGCCGGUAGUUAGAGUUAGAGCGGAGCCAGCUAGCUGGGGACCAUGUCAGAAAAGGAGGAAGACAGGGAGAGGUCGGCCCAAGCUGCAGUUGGGGCAAAAAAGCUGAAAUUGGUGGAGGAUUCCAAGCAGCGGAACCUUGACGUCAUCGCCGGUGCACAGUCGCUGCUCAGUAUUAUCAUCCUCGGACUGGCGUGUGUCGUGGCCUUCGCCAGCCGCCUAUUUGCCGUCAUCCGGUUCGAGUCCAUCAUCCACGAGUUUGAUCCCUGGUUCAACUAUAGAGCCACACACUACAUGGCGAUGAACGGGUUCUACAACUUCCUAAACUGGUUUGACGAGCGAGCGUGGUAUCCGCUGGGGAGGAUAGUGGGAGGGACGGUGUACCCUGGCCUCAUGGUUACCUCGGGAACCAUUCACUGGAUCCUCAACUCUCUCAACUUCCCCAUACACAUCCGAGACAUCUGUGUCUUCCUCGCUCCCAUGUUUAGUGGACUGACAGCCAUAGCGUGCUUCUUGCUGACUCGAGAAGUGUGGAACACGAGGGCCGGUCUCCUAGCAGCCUGUUUCAUCGCCAUCGUCCCCGGCUACAUCUCCCGCUCCGUCGCCGGGUCCUACGACAACGAGGGAAUCGCGAUAUUUGCGCUCCUCUUCACGUAUUUCCUCUGGAUACGAUCAGUCAAGACUGGCUCCGUGAUGUGGGCCACGGGAGCUGCGAUCUCGUACUUCUACAUGGUGUCGGCUUGGGGCGGAUAUGUCUUCAUCAUCAACCUCGUCCCACUACAUGUGUUUGCUCUACUGCUAAUGGGUCGAUUCUCUAACAGGAUCUUUGUAGCGUACACUACAUUCUAUCUGCUGGGGCUACUUCUCUCUAUGCAAGUCCCGUUUGUGGGAUUUCAACCAAUCAGAACCAGUGAACACAUGGCUGCAGCAGGAGUGUUCCUCCUCCUGAAUGCGUUGGCUCUCCUGCGCUACCUCCAGAGCAGUCUCACUGGACGCCAGUUCAAGACAGUGUUCCUGGCGGGUGUGGUCCUCAGUGCCGGGGCCGUGUUUACUGGCGUCGUCCUCCUCACAUACCUUGGAUACAUCGCUCCUUGGAGUGGCCGAUUUUACUCCCUCUACGACACCGGUUAUGCCAAGAUCCACAUCCCCAUCAUUGCCAGUGUGUCAGAGCAUCAGCCGACCACCUGGACCUCUUUCUUCUUCGACCUCCACAUCCUCGUCUGCGUCUUCCCCGCUGGCAUCUGGUUCGUCAUGAAAUACCUCACCGACGAGAGGGUCUUUGUGGUGCUGUAUGCGGUGUCUGCGGUGUAUUUUGCUGGGGUCAUGGUUCGCCUGAUGCUGACUCUCACUCCCAUAGUCUGUAUACUUGCGUCUAUUGCAAUAUCACAUUCUCUGGACAACUACAUGAAACCUGUCUUCUCCAACAAAGAAGAGGAGAGCAAGUCGAGCAAGAAGGAGGAGGAGAAGGAGGAGGGGGGAGGGGGUAAGACAGGGAGCAGUAAACCUGAGAAGAAGAGUAAAAAGAAGCCAGGAAAAGUCCUCUAUGAUAAGUAUGCGCCGCAGAAGGCGAGAGAGACAAAGGCAGUGGACCCAGCUCUCCACAGCAGCGAGUUCACCAGCUCCACCUCCAUCGGGUCUGUGGUGGUUCUCCUCCUGAUGAUGUUUCUUGUUCUCUUUGCCGUCCACUGCACCUGGGUCACCUCUAAUGCCUACUCCUCUCCCUCCGUCGUUCUCGCCUCCACCAACCAUGAUGGGUGAGUAGAAUAUCAGCUACAUUGAACCUUAUGCCAAUUCCAUGAAAAUGCUCUCUCCCUGUAUUAUGUAAGAUCACGCAACAUUCUGGAUGAUUUUCGCGAGGCGUAUUUCUGGCUGCGACAAAACACUCCGGACCACGCCACCGUCAUGUCGUGGUGGGACUAUGGCUACCAGAUUGCUGGGAUGGGUAACAGAACCACUUUCGUGGACAAUAACACCUGGAACAACAGCCACAUAGCCUUGGUAGGGAAGGCCAUGUCCAGCACUGAGGAGAAGGCAAUUCAUAUCAUGAGGACACUCGGAGUCGACUACGUUCUCGUCAUCUUCGGAGGUAUGAUCGGUUACUCCGGAGACGACAUCAACAAAUUCCUCUGGAUGGUCCGCAUCGCCGAGGGAGAACACCCCCAGGAUAUCAAGGAGAGUAAUUACUUUACUCCACAAGGUGAGUUCAGGGUGGACUCUGCUGGCUCUCAGACACUGCUCAACUGCCUCAUGUACAAACUGGCUUACUACCGGUUUGGCGAGGUUCAGAUGUACAACGGACCCUCUGGUUACGACAGGACUCGGAAUGUGGAAAUUGGCAACAAGAACAUAAAGCUGCGCUACUUGGAAGAGGCAUACACGUCGGAGCACUGGUUGGUCAGGAUUUACCGGGUGAAGGCAGACGAGAACAGGAUAGAGAGUGGUAACCGUUUGAGAGCUGUGAAACACAAGAGGAAGUACUACCCGAGGAAGAGAUCAGGGAAAAGGAGGGGCAUUAUUAGGAAUAAGAUUUCAUCCACAAAGGGCAAGAAACCGGCCUCAAAAUCAAUCAAAUCAUCGAAAAAAACUUUGAGAAAAGGACAAUGAGGUUUUCACCUUAUUUAGGGGUAACAAAUUACUUUUCGCUGUGUGGAUCACGUUAAUAUACAUCACUUUCAAAAACUCCCAGUUAAUCUAGUAAUUAAACCGCUGAUAGCAUUAAUCAACCACCACAAUGUCCAAUAAUUAUGUGCCCCUAAUAAAUACAUUAAUCAACUAAUGGUGCAAUGUACACAAAACUGCAUAGAAGUUCGUUCAUAAUGUUUAGGAAAUGGUGUGUGAAGCUAGUUCGUCUUCUUGCUGGUGGUUUUGCUCCUCCGAUCCUCGCUGCUCUUGAGGUAGUCCUUGUACUGUCUGUCGGUGCCUAGCAACCAGUCCCACCAGAGGAAUGUGCUGGCGUAGUUUCCGUUGAAAUUCAUGUGAUGGAAAUCGUGGAACUUUGUGCCUGCGGCAUAUCCAGGGAGGAGGUGGAGGGGGUUGAGGUAGGGAAAGUCAUAUCCACUGUGGACCUCUAUUGUCUCUAGGAGUCGGACGGUCAUCCACAGCCAGAUCAUGAUGAGGUGGUUGCACAUGAAGAAGACUCCAAUGAAGAACCCUGUUCCCAGUACUGUGCAGGGAGAGGAAGGAGAGAGAGGGGGG